CCUCUAGUCUCUCGAACGAACGGGAAGGUCUUUAUGCGCUAAAAAAGAUAAACAAACAAAUCAUGCAUAACAGUGUAAAAGUGCCUCAUCUCCUACAUCACCAGUGUUCAUUCGUUUGAGACACACCUUAAUUCGAAUUUAACCAAAAAUUACUUACUUAUGAGAACGUCCACAUCACCACCAUCAUCCAUCUUCCCAAAAAAUGUCUGCUUCAAAUAUUGAAAAGGAUAUCUCAUCAACAGAAUGGAGAUAUCCCUAUUCAUCAGCGCCACAUUCACCUCAAGUACCAUCGGAAUCGAUCAAUAUGGGCUCCAUCUUGCCAUACGAUAAUCGAACCUUGCCGGCUUCAAUGAGGUCGUCUCAAAAUUCAAUCUUCCGUAGAUAUAGAUUGUUAUUUGCGUUCUUGAUUAUUGUUUCUGGUUUCACUUUUCUGGGCAUUGUACACAAAACUCUAGACGCAGGAGGUGUGUCUACUGACGUUGUUCUCCAGAACAAAAUGUCGGACUGGAUCGAAACACAACCUGAAAUGGCAACUUUACCGCACAUUUUCUCCGGCAAUUAUUCUACAAAUCCCGUCAAUUCCACUUUGGGCUUUCAAAAAAUCCUUGUUAUCCAUUUACCCUAUCGAAUGGAUAAAAAGGAUCAACUUUUGAUAAUGUCCCGAACCCAAGGCAUAGAUCUCACUUUUAGUGAUGGCCGUACCCCGGAAAGUGUAAAGGAUUCCGGUUUACCUUGGCAAAAUGAGGAAAUGACAAAGGACAGAGGAGUGGUUGCCCUAUUUCGAGGACAUAUGGAUGCAAUUCAGCAUAUCCUUGACGAAAAUCUUUCUUCGGCUUUGAUCUUGGAAGACGAUAGCGAUUGGGACGUUGACGUCAAAUAUGCCAUCCAACGCCUUCAACAGCCGCUAGCUACUUUGAUCAAAUCAUUCGAUCGGAAAAAUGACUCAAAUAUCGUAUCAACAAAGAAUGAUCCAUGGCUCACCUCUGAGUGGGACGUGCUAAAUAUCGGAGCUUGCAUAGAGUUGCCAUUCAAAGAGGGUGAUCGUAAGGGAGAAGUCGAUCUAGAUCACCCACCCUACGUUGCAUACAAAGAUGGUACCCUAGACUAUAGCGAACAUACGCAUGAACACUUGACACAGUUCUUAGGCGGGUACAAUUUGAGCCUUCCCAAAAAAGCUGAUCAGGAAACGUUUUCUCAAAUCGAAGCCGGAAACUAUCACCGUAUCGUUACACUUUCCAAUAAACCUAUCUGCACAAACGCUUACGCUGUUUCGAAAAAGGGCGCGAUAAAGUUGCUCUAUCAUUUCUCGAAAGCAUUCGAUAUGCCUAUCGAUGUGAAACUAAUGCUUAUGAGUGUCAACAGUGAAAUUCGCAGUUAUACCGUUAGCCCGCCAAUUAUGGAUCAGUGGAAGGCUAUCGAUGCAGAGUUCCGAAGCAGUGAUAAAUUUCACCCGGCAAGCGUCAAGUUUGUUCAAGAGGACGAAAAAUUAAAUCACAAUCCCUGGCUAGGAUAUUCGAGAUCCAUCAAGAAUAGUAUUCGAGCUGACAUUUACCAGAAAAUGGAGGCAAAUAAAUUCUAGCUCGAUUUAUGCCAGUCUGUACUGCAUUUGUAUCAUACUUAACGCCAAUGCAGUCGUUUAAGAAUUCCUGUACAUUGUUGAGCUCAC